AUGGAUGAUACUAUCUUCAUUUCUCAAAGCAAGUAUGUUAAGAAUAUAGUGAAGAAGUUUGGCCUAGAAAGUGCUAGUCACAAAAGGACACUUGCAACAACACACUUAAAACUAACUAAGGAUGAAAAAGGUGUUGAUGUGGAUCAAAGUUUGUACAGGAGUAUGAUUGGUAGUCUUUUGUAUCUUACAACUAGUAGACUAGACAUCACUUUUAAUGUAGGAUUGCUCUCAAUUGAUUUGGAUGAAACAAAUGCUAAAGGAAUUAAUGUCAAGCAGGAUGUCAUGACAUUAUAUUAUAACAAUUUGAGUGCAAUAAAUAUAUCCAAGAAUCCCAUUCAACAUAGGAGGACAAAGCAUAUUGACAUUCGUUAUCAUUUUAUUAGGGAUCUUGUUGAGGAUAAAAUUGUUACUCUUGAGCAUGUCACCACUGAGAAGAAACUAGCAGAUAUAUUUACUAAAGCUUUGGAUGAAAAUCAGUUUGAGAAGUUAAGGGGAGAAUUAGGAAUUUGCAUGCUUGAAAUGUUAUAA